AAAACAAAGAAGUCGAAAAUACAUAAAACGCACAUUAUGGCUACUUGGAUCCUGAUCGCCGGAGCAUCCGCUGCAGUUACUUUACUAGUUGUUCGGAGAAUUGUCAACUCCAACAAGAUGAUGUGUUUAAGUAAGGUGAUGUUGACUGGCAAAACGGUUAUCAUUACUGGCGCUAACUGUGGCAUUGGCAAGGCUGCAGCGCGGGAGUUGGCGAAACGACACGCUCGAGUGAUUUUGGCAUGCAGAGACGUCGACAGGGGAGCGGAGGCUGCGUCUGAAAUCCGGAAACUUACUAAUAACGGAGAACUAGUCGUCAAACGUCUGGACUUAGCAUCACUCCGUUCUGUCAGAGCUUUUUGUGAAGAGUUCAGACGAGAGGAAGAUCGCUUGGACAUUCUUAUUAACAAUGCGGGAAUUUUUCAGUGUCCAUAUUCCAAAACCGAAGAUGGCUUUGAAAUGCAAAUGGGAGUGAACCAUCUGGGACAUUUCUUGUUGACUAACUUGUUACUUGACAUGCUGAAAUCGUCUCAUGGCAGGAUUGUUGUUGUGGCUUCAUCUCUCCUGAAAUAUGGUUCAAUCAAUUUCAGUGAUCUUUUUGCUGAAAAGCACUAUGACAGAAAGAAAGCAUAUGCUGACAGCAAACUAGCUAAUGCUCACUUCUGCAGACAUUUAAGCAAAAACCUUGAGGGCACUGGGGUUAAUGUUUAUUGUGUGCACCCCGGGAUGGUUCUAACAAAUUUGGGUCGACAUCUGAUGCCAGUAGGUAUCAAACUGGUUUUGACACCAUUGGCUUGGUUGUUUGGAAUCAAAACGCCAACAGAAGGAUGCCAAACAGUUGUAUACUGUAGUAUUGCAGAAGAGCUGAGUAACUCCACUGGCAAAUAUUAUGGUAAUUGCAAAGAAGACCCAUGGCCCAAAGUUGCUUGUGAUGACUCGGUAGCUAAAAAGUUGUGGGAAGUUAGUGAGAAGCUCACAAACAAAUCUGUAUAAUGCAAAUUUGUUGGACAUGAAUAUGGAUUAAAUUAAUUGGAUGCUCAUUGCUGGACACAUGAAAUAUCUAAUUAAAAUGGUUUUGUUAUUUACAAUCUUUACCUGUGUUUUGUAAUGUAUAGUGUGUUAACAAAAUCCAGAUAUUGCUAACCUACAUAGUGUGUUAUUUUAUUAUUUUAGUAAAUACCUGUACAUAUGUAUGGACUGGUGCUUGUUUUGGCAUAUAUGCAAAAUUAGAAUAGAAUUUUAAUUACACAGUGUGACUUUGUGAAUUUUGGGAUUUGUGAGUUACAUGUACAACGAGAAUGUAUUUGCUUACGUGUAAAAUGCUCAAAAGACUUUACUACAACACUUUUAAUGGAAUGGAAUUUUAGCAUAUGUCUGUACAGCUACAUAUAUGUUAUAUAUAUAUAUGUACAUCUGAAAUUUUGACAUUUGUAUGAUUUUAUUCAUUUUGUCUUUGUAUCUUCUUUGAAAACAUUUUGAACGUUUCCAACAUGCAUGUAACAGCAACUACAUUUUAAGAAAAUAUAAUAGUUUGACAAAUUCUACAAUAUGGAAUGCAAAGUAUGUUACAGUUCAAAACUGUUGUUCAUAUUCAAUUGUAGUUAAGCAUUUAGAAUGUAUUUAAAAUGGGGGCUGGAUGUAGCACAGUGGUAAAGCACUCGCCUGAUGCGCAUGUCAGUCUUGAUUCGAUCCCCGUCUGUGGGCUCAUGGAGCUAUUUCUCGUUCCAGCCAGUGCACCA